AUGAAAAAGUUGUGUUUGGUUGGUCGAGGUAAUGGAAUCACCUAUUACGUAAGGCAUUCCAUUCCCUCAAAUCCAUUCCAUCCACUACCCUUGUUUUUUUUCAUCCCAUUCCCCCUCUCACCCUACAUCACCAACACCGCCCAACACCACCGCCACUUUCACCACACUCCGCCACCGACCGUCACCAUCACCCGCCGCCGCCACCACCCGUCACCCCCACCACCCUCUGCCAACCACCACCGCCCCCCACCACUACCACCUUCUCCACUCGCCACCACCGGCCACCGCCACCACCACCCGUUGCCACCACCCUCUACAGUUGCCACUGUCACCGACCACCGGUGCUACUGCCAACCAACGCCACCACCUGUGACCGUCGAUAUACUAUCGCCACCCUCCAUCAUCGACCACCGCCAACCACCGCCACCAACGUCCACUGCCACCACCAUCGACCAUCGUCAUCACCCGUCCGCCACCACUGCUACCGCAACCACCCACUACCACCACUCAUCGCUGAUUUUAUUCUUUCGUUUUUUCAGCAUACCAAACAACACAAGAUAG